AUGCCGUUCCACCCGGUGACGGCGGCGUUGAUGUACCGGGGCAUCUACACCGUGCCCAACCUGCUGUCGGAGCAGCGCCCCGUGGACAUCCCUGAGGACGAGCUCGAGGAGAUCCGAGAGGCCUUCAAAGUCUUCGACCGCGAUGGCAAUGGCUUCAUCUCCAAGCAGGAGCUGGGCACGGCCAUGCGCUCCCUGGGAUACAUGCCCAACGAGGUGGAGCUGGAGGUUAUCAUCCAGCGGCUGGACAUGGAUGGUGAUGGCCAAGUGGACUUCGAGGAGUUUGUGACCCUUCUGGGACCCAAGCUCUCCACCUCAGGGAUCCCAGAGAAAUUCCACGGCACUGACUUCGACACCGUCUUCUGGAAGUGUGACAUGCAAAAGCUGACCGUGGACGAGCUGAAGCGGCUGCUCUACGACACCUUCUGUGAGCACCUGUCCAUGAAGGAUAUUGAGAACAUCAUCAUGACGGAGGAGGAGAGCCACCUAGGCACAGCGGAGGAGUGCCCCGUGGACGUGGAGACCUGCUCCAACCAGCAGAUCCGUCAGACGUGUGUGCGCAAGAGCCUGAUCUGCGCCUUCGCCAUCGCCUUCAUCAUCAGCGUCAUGCUCAUCGCAGCCAACCAGGUGCUGCGCAGCGGCAUGAAAUAGGCGCCACCUGGGCGCCCCAUGGGGCGCGCAGUGCGUGGGGCCCCCUCCACACCCACCGCCGCCCACAGUCCUCUCCCUCCACCAACUCCCUGGGCCGCCACCGCGUGUACUUCAGGGCCUGGGCGUCCAGCGGCACCACCCCGCCCGCCCCACAGGCCUUGCAUGGAGCUGUGGCCCAGCUGCAGAGGGCCUGGUGGUGGCUCUGAGGACGGCCCUGGCCCUGGCCCUGCCUGCACCCUGCCCUGCCCCACCCUGGCCUGUAUGUAGCACUAACUUUUCUCGCUGUGCAGGGGCUCCUGGGAAAUUAAGGAGGAAUUUAUACAGGGCCCAGUAGCUGCAGGUCCCUUGGGCAGGAGGAGGCAUUGUGUGCCCAGGGCCACAUAGCCAACCCAACCCUGGUCCCUCAGGUCUGCCCAGGGCCAUGGAGGGGAGUGCAGGGGACAGAAAGCCUCCUCCUGGAGGGCAACAUGAGGCUGGGGUCUCCUGGGCCCUUCUCCC